AUGGAUUCCCCUGGUACCCUGAAGCCCGGUCUCGGCGAGGCGGCUCCUGGACAGCAACGCGUUUCCUCCUCCCAGUCUAGCCCGAGAAAAAGCCCACAGCGCAGCAAUUACCCACUUUCCACCGAAAACAAAGCCGGGAACGGCCCAAUUGGCGGGCGCGAGCAAGAACACGGUCCGGCAACGCCCUCGGGGACCCGCUUGGAGACCCCCGCGCCAGAUAAUGGUCCUGCUGGCAAAACGUCCAAGUCUUCCAAGCGCAGGAAAAACCGCAAUCGCAAGCGCCGCAACCGACAGCAAUCGUUCCUCACUUCUAGUGUGGAAGAAGCUGAUGACCGUCCUGGAACUGCUCAGGGGACUGGUGGAGCUAGAGAGUCGAUGGAAGGCGAUCGGCCAACCUCGAAGGAUCAUCUGCCGUUCUUCCCACUCCGCCGGAAUUUGAGCAACACCAGCCUCGAGAGCGAUGCUCUACUGGAUCAUCGCGACCAACCUAUGAUGCGUCCUCGUCGGGACAGCCGGCCAGCGACCUCAUUCCGUCCCAGUUCCCUUCUCUCUGGAGCCUUCCGGUCCAACGACGGCCAAUCCCGCAAUACCCCUAGGAGUGGUCGGGUCCAGCAGUACCAGGAAGGAGACAGCGAUGGCUCUGAUGCCAAUGACCGGACACCGCUGAUACGUGCUCCAUCGGGUCAGGCCUCUGGCCUGUCCCGCUAUGGGACAGACUCACGCUCCAGCCCGUUCUCGCGCCCGCGCCGAGCAUCCGUCCAGACAUUUUCAUCGCAAUACUCGCCAGGAGGUCACUACAGCCCACCCUAUACCCCAGAUGUGGAGCGCGACUACGAUGUCAAUAACCCGCCGUCAAUCCCAGGAACACCGAAGCUGGGUCCAGACAUGAACUAUGAUGACGCGGUGGUGACAGGGAUUGAGUUUGAUUUCUCGGUGGGACGAUCGAUCGAUACACGCAGGGAAUCGGGGAAUCGACUCAACGAUGCGGUGAUCAAUAUGGAGAAUGGAGCUCAACAACGCUCUGAACCGUCUUCGCUCCACUCCGGACAUUAUUCCCCACAAGAACUGCGACGUCGCCGUACAGUUGCGCUGCCGGUGGAGGAAGACGUCUGCUUCCCGACAGAAGACAUUUCUGAAUUGGGAGAUGAAGAGAGGAGGGUGCCAAGAGAUGAACAGGGUGAACGUCGUCGGCGCAGACGCCGGCAGUGGCCGGACCUGCCUGUGCUGGAAGAGUGGAGUCGCGAAGAGAAGGAAAUUCGCGGCGGAGAUCUGCGCGUGAAAAAGAUCAGUGAACCGAUGCUCGUUGAGGGCCGGCUGCGUCCCCAGUAUAAAACGUGGCGGCGCGAAGAGGAUGAUGCACCUUACCGGUUCACCUAUUUCAACGAAGAGCUCCAGAGCACCAUCCAUGCUCAAACUAUCUCCGAGUUGGUACAACCUGGUGGUAGUUUCCGCGAACUUUUUAUUCCUGAUCCGCCCGAGUUGGAGGAUUCGUCGAGUGAGGAGGAGCCAGACGGCGAUCAUUUUGUGAGCGAGAACCUUGGUGCUGGACACUGGGGCCAUACUACAGGUAAUGGGAGUCGAGGAUCGGGUUCUUACUUUGAUAAUCAUUCUGCGAAUAACCAUAACGGCACAACGUCCGGUGCUGUGGAUACUCGAAAUGGCCAUGAUUCUGCGUCUGGCACAAUCAACGCCCAAAGAGGGAACCAAAACCCACGUUUAUCUGUUAUCAGCGAACAACGUCCAGGAUCAACCCGUCCAGGGUCAACCCGAGAACAUUCGCCGUCUCACUCGAAUACCCAAGAAAAGCCCAAGCGGUAUGGUCCUCGGCCAACCUUUUGGCUGGACGUGCUUUCCCCGACGGAUGCCGAAAUGCGGGUGAUUGCCAAAGCGUUUGGUAUCCAUGCCCUGACAGCAGAGGAUAUCAUGAUGCAAGAGGCCCGAGAAAAAGUGGAGCUGUUCCGCAGCUACUACUUUGUCAACUACCGCACCUUUGAACAGGACCGUAACAGCGAAGACUACCUCGAGCCGGUCAACAUGUAUGUGGUGGUCUUCCGCGAAGGCGUGCUGUCAUUCCACUUCUCGCAGACGCCACAUCCGGCCAACGUGCGGCGACGAAUCCGCCAGCUUAUGGACUACCUCAUUCUCAGCUCGGACUGGAUCUCGUAUGCCCUGAUCGACGACAUUACCGAUGUCUUCGGUCCUCUCAUUCAAGCCAUCGAAGAUGAAGUCGACGAGAUCGAUGAAAAGAUCAUGCAAAUGCACUCGUCCAGCAAGGAAGGCGACAGCGUUCCCCCGACCUUUGGACCAGGAGAGAUGCUGCGGCGCACCGGCGAGUGUCGGAAGAAGGUCAUGGGACUGUAUCGGCUACUCAGCAACAAGGCGGACGUUGUUAAGGGAUUCGCGAAGCGCUGCAAUGAACAGUGGGAAGUGGCUCCCAAGUCUGAGAUUGGUCUGUAUCUGGGCGAUAUCCAGGAUCAUAUCAUGACAAUGACUGGAAACUUGACACACUAUGAGACAAUCUUGUCUCGUGCGCAUUCCAACUACUUGGCGCAAAUCAAUAUCUUGAUGAAUGAGCGCCAGGAGCAGACCGCUGAUGUCCUUGGUAAACUGACUGUCCUGGGUACUAUCGUGCUGCCAAUGAAUAUCAUUUGUGGUAUGUGGGGUAUGAACGUCAAGGUGCCUGGUCAGGACAUCGAUGACCUGUGGUGGUUCUGGUCAAUCACUGGCGGCUUACUUUUCUUCGGCCUUGCCUCGUUCCUAAUCGCCAAACGGGUCUACAAGAUUGUGUAG